ACUUCCGGCGGGGGGUGGGUGCAGUGCUGCUGGCUGGGCGGGGGCGGUACCUGCUGUUCUGUCUGGGCCUCUGCCCGUCAUGUCGACCCUGGAGAAGCACCUGCACCUGGGCCGCCUGCCCCCCAGGCCCGCCGUGCCCGGCGGGGGCGGCCAGUCCGGCUCCAAGAUGCGCAUGGGUCCUGGAAGGAAACGAGACUUUUCCCCAGUCCCUUGGAGCCAGUACUUUGAAUCUAUGGAAGAUGUUGUGGUUGAAAACGAAAAUGGCAAGGAUACUUUUCGAAUUUAUAAAAGUGGAUCGGAGGGCCCUGUCUUACUUCUGUUGCAUGGCGGAGGCCAUUCUGCUCUUUCCUGGGCUGUGUUCAAUUCUGCAAUCAUUAACAGGAUUCAGUGUAGGACUGUGGCUUUAGAUCUCAGAAGUCAUGGUGAAACAAAAGUUAGGAAUCCUGAAGAUCUGUCCGCAGAAACUAUGUCAAAAGAUGUUGGAAACGUGGUUGAAGCUAUGUACGGGGACCUCCCACCUCCAAUCAUGCUGAUUGGGCACAGUAUGGGUGGGGCUAUUGCAGUGCACACAGCAGCAUCCAAUUUGGUACCCAGUUUAUUGGGUCUUUGCAUGAUUGAUGUCGUGGAAGGCACAGCCAUGGACGCGUUGAACAGCAUGCAGAAUUUCUUACGGGGUCGUCCCAAAACGUUCAAGUCAAUUGAGAAUGCAAUUGAGUGGAGUUUAAAAAGUGGACAGAUAAGAAAUCUCGAAUCAGCCAGAGUUUCUAUGGUUGGCCAAAUCAAACAGUGUGAAGAUGCUGCUAGUCCUGAGGUCCCUAAAGCUAUAGUAGAAGGGAUUAUUGAGGAGGAGGAGGAGGAAGAGGAAGAAGACUAUGAAGGAAGAGGAUCUGUUAACAAAAGGAAGAAGGAAGAUGAUACAGAGACGAAGAAAGAACAUCUGUAUACAUGGCGAAUCGAACUGUCGAAAACCGAAAAGUACUGGGAGGGGUGGUUCAGGGGCUUAUCGAACCUCUUCCUCAGUUGUUCUACUCCAAAGCUGCUGCUUUUAGCGGGUGUUGACAGGCUGGAUAAAGAUCUAACAAUUGGACAGAUGCAAGGAAAGUUCCAGAUGCAAGUCCUCCCUCAGUGUGGCCAUGCAGUCCACGAAGAUGCUCCAGACAAGGUUGCUGAAGCUGUUGCAACUUUCUUGAUCCGUCACCGGUUUACAGAACCAAUUGGUGGAUUUCAGUGUGUGUUUCCUGCUUGUUAAUAUCCUGAUGUUCUCCAGCACUGAUUUCCAUUGUAAAUAAACUGCACCAGAGGCCACUGUGAUGUAUCCAUAUCCUUCUCAUCUAUCCAGUUCAGCAAUGACAAGAAAUUGGCAGGAGAUCAGUCCUGUAGAGCUGGUUUCUAGGAAUUUCCUUGCCGGCAGACAGCUCGUAUCGGAGUCCUUGUGAAGCUCGUCGGUCUCUUGGACAUGGGCUCCUCUCCGCUGCCGCAAGGAAAGACAACCUGAAACCCCGAGUAGUAGAACAUCUCUCUUAUCUCUGCGAAUCCUCAGGCUUUGUUGGACACAAUCACUAAGGGACUUCAGGCAGAUCGGAUUCCCCAAGGGGCAUUGCAGCAAAUCUGAAGGCGUCAGGAUUUCUUCGUGGAACUAUAUGGGAAAGGCCCCACAAGAGCUUUUGCUUUUUUUUUUUUUUUUUUAAGCCUGAGGAACCGGCUUCUUUUGAGUUUUUCGUCUCCCCAGGGCCGGCUGCAUGAUUUUUAGGGCCUGUAAAUUGUGGGGGAGAGAACCGACUGCACUAUGAAUUACCUUCCCUUCCAGUUCCACUUAGGGCAGGACUGGGAAAAUGGGACCAUGAGCUCCUGUGCGGGGUCCUGCUGCUUCCUUGACAAGUUCACUCCUGGGUCUCCGGCCUCAGCACUUCACUCUAUGGCAGGCACUCAGUGGCCUGGGGCUCUACAUUUAAAGGGGAAACCACAAUAUCACCAGUAACAUCAUGAUCUGUCAGAAACAGGCCAGUGGCCAUUCUCUGCUUGUGGAGUUUCUGCCUACCUGGUUCUGCACCUCUUGUCACCGCACACAAGUGAGUGGAGAUUGGCACCUCAGGCAGUUUUUAGGAGGCAAGUAGACAGACCGGGCAGUGGAUGGAAUGCUGAGCUAGCCAGCAGUAGGUAGAGAUAGGGACUUGGGGGGAAAUCCCACCAGCAGUCUGACCCUGGCCUAAGCAGUUGCUUGCCAUGCUUGCCAUGUGAGGCCCUGCUCAGUGUAUUGUGGGAAAGUCACUGUUCUGUAUUCGAUGUUUAGCACUGAUCAUGUUCAGGUCUUUUAUUAAUGCAGUUACUAUGAGAGAGAGUUUCUUCAGGGCACAGGCCAGCCCGGGAUAAUUUGUUAGAUCCUUUUCACCUCCUAUGAAAUCCCCCACGGGAGCAAUAGAACAGUUGCACUUGGAGCUAUUUGCAACAAUAUCCUGAUGUUCUUGAACUAAUAAAAAUGAGGCUUUAUUCUUUGACCGUUUCAUGCCAAGUGAUGAUGUGACUCUGCUAGUUGAAGCCUAGCUCUCUUACUCGCCUGGUCUUGGAGAUGUAAUGGUGGCGGGUGUAUCCUAUGACAGUCCUAGUAAAUCCUUUACGUUUGUGCUGUGCUGGUAGGGAUGAGGGGGAAAUGGCACAAAUAGCAGGUAAAGUCCUAUCAAGCAUAAUGUUUACCAUGAGGGAGAACUAUUGUUCUCUUCUAUCUGAUUCACACACACACUAAGGGCUUGUCUACACUACCCACCGGAUUGGCGGACUGCGAUCGAUCCAGCGAGGGUCGAUUUAUCGCAUCUAGUCUAGACGUGAUAAAUCGACGGCUGAGCACUCUCCCGUUGACUCUGGUACUCUACCAGAACGAAAAGUGCAAGCGGAGUUGAUGGGAGAGCGUCAGCCAUCGACUUACCGCAGUGAAGACACCGCAGGAAGUAGAUUUAAGUACGUCGACUUCAGUGACAUUAUUCCCGUAGCUGAAGUUGUGUAUCUUAGAUCGACCCCGCGCGGUUGUGUAGACAAGCCCUCAGUGGUGGACUUUUCAGCUGUGGCCUGGCUGCAUAUUUCACCCCCACCACCACCAGAGUCUGAAACCGCUGGAUUAGAAAUGAGAAUUUGCAAUUCCAGGUGAGUUCUGUGUCCAAUGCGACACUUAGGCAACUGAUGCUGAGGUACUAAACAAGCGACUUUUGGCUCCUUGUAUAGCCCUCCCUAUCAGUCACAACCUGGCAUUGCUUCACCAUGUGAUUCUGCUCAUUGACCAAUACGGACCCUGGACUAAGUCCAUUCCAGUUUGUCUGCUGAUUAGUUUCAUGGCUUCCGAUAAUUGAAAAGUCAGUUUAUAAUUGGAAAACCCAACAAAAAACUCCACUUCCCCCACUGCAUAUCUUGGCAGUCUUGCAAGGUUCUUGACCCUUUUCAGAUUACUCUGGUUGUCAAACUGUUUGUAGGGGCGGGAACCAAAGCAGUGGUAAUGCAGCGUUAACCAAGGCCCUCGUUUAAUUUCAAGCAUGUGAAUAGUCUACUUAGUCAAAUUCUGUCAUGUGCUUAAAUCUCUUGUGGGUUACUACAUUAGAUAACGCCCCAUGUUCACCUCUUCUGCUGUCCUCUCCCUUUCUAGAGAAGGGAACUGGUUUAUCAGAUGGCCCCACAAAGAGUAAAAUACCUUCUAUUUCAGCCUUUGCUAUCACACCACAAGGGGGGUGAGGGGCUACAUUUCCAUGCACUGUGCCAUUGGCUCCCUGGAAAUGUUUUUUGGUUGUUACACCUUGGCAACUAUGACCUUGUUUUAUGAAAAAUAAAUAUUUCACAACCUCUUCUGGUGUGGCUAUGUUUUACGCCAAGCUCUCCAAGUCCUGGCUUGUAGCAGAGAAUGGAUGUUCUUUGCAAGGAUCCAACUAGCUUUAGGUUUGUGGAAAGCAGAUUCAAAGGGCAGGGGAGAAAAUUGUGUGCAGGGGUGACUACUUUGGUUGAACUACAUCAACCUUUGUGAGUCUAACACACCUGCAGCAUUUUCUUAGUGACAUUUUUAAUGCCCCUGUGUAAAAGGAAAACAUUACAGGGGAGGAAGGGGACAUUAAUGAAAAGGGGUACCAUUUCUAUAUUGCAUCCUUAACUAUUUAGAGAUCUCUCUUGCCUCUGUUCAGGUUGCAUUAGAUUAAGGAUCAGUGGAGCCUUUAACCAUGGAAAAAAUCUUGUCUUAACUAACACAAGACACAAUUUGUUUAUUUGAGAGUCUGGUUUAUUUAAGGUUGGGGGUUUUUUAAAUCGGACUUAAUGCAGGAGUAGUCUUGCUAAAAGCCCAGGGUUAUCUGAACCAAAUAUAGGAGCCUUGAGGACCACAGAAGGUUUGUUUGUUAAAAACCCAAACCUCUCUGGUAUUCCAGGAAUGUGCAGCCCUGCUUUGUUCCUGGGAAUAGAGCUGCAUGCUGCUCAUUUACACAUACUUCUAUCUUAAUGGAAGUUACACUAGUCUGGUGUUAGGGAACACUGUAGUCUGGAGGAGUGUGCAGCUGAAAAUCAAAGGGCUGUCUCUUUACAUUAACACGCUUGCUGACUUGGGCUGUUGUCUGGAGCUGGAUUUUCUUUUAAGGCUUGUCUUUUUUCCUUUUCCUCUCAACCUGGCCUUGUCUCACACACUUUCAAAACCGCAGUGGGCUGGAGAUUAGACCAAAGCCAACUAAAUAUUUUGUCCACCCUAAAUGGAAGCAACUGUUCUGAAUAAUAAGACCCCUCCAGUAAAAAUCCCAAACCCUACAGCAUUACAUUAACGUUGUGACCUGUCAUUAGAAUUGAGGAGUAGAAUCCCUGAAGCUAGUCGUGUUUAUCGGAAUACACCAGCUGGGUAAAAAACAGGGGAAUAAGUGGAUAGCUCAGUGGUGGGAGCACAGACCCUACUCAAUUGCCCAAUGGAGCCAAUAGUAGUGGUGACAAAGUUCCUGUCUGCUGGCUGUGAAACGUUUGUGGUCUUGCACCUGUUCUUAAAAAACUUCUCUGAAUCACAUAGCAAGUUGGCUCCCUUGUUGAUAAUGUGUCAGUACUGGGCUAAGACUUGAACUGGGGCAUUGCAGAAUGACCUACCCUCUUGCCUCCUAAAGAUCGCUCAAGGGCAGGGGGGAGACUUGCGCUUGCAUUACUCCAUAUGCCAUAUCCAUUCGGGGACUAGAUAGCUUCCGUCUCCAGGCCAGCCAGAUGAUUGUGCUGUGCUCGGCAGAAAUUCAGUACAAACCUACGUUGUGACUUGGUACUUUCUGGUUCAAUGAAGACGUUCUGGGAAUGCAUCAUCCUGUGACAUCACAACGGCUGUGGCUUGGAUGAGUUGCAGUGGGACAGUGGUGUUUGUGAUCUCACGUUCAGGGCUAUCGUCACUGAACCAGGGAAGUUCUGUGUGGAUUUCACAGAGCAGGUGCAUGGUGGAAAAGGAAGUAACAAGUGUUUGCGCUGACUAGUGGGGCCAUCCAGCACAGAGAGCUUCGCUCUGCUCCAUUGCCACUUUUAGGUUCACUUAAAAAUAGUGUAAAGCUCCAGAGGCCAGAUUUUCACGAAUGUUCAGCAUCCAGCUGCAAACACUGUUCUCAGUGGGAACUGAGCCCCUGAAAAUCUGGCUGUAGAUCCUCACAUAAGGCCGAAAUAAAUCUCACUUCACAAACCUACCAUGAGUGCGUUAGGUACGGUACUGCCCCUUUAAAUGAUUUUUUUGGCCCUGGUAUAGUCCCAAAGCCUGGUGCCCUGCUGAUGAGCAGCAAUUGCCAGUUUGUGCUGCCCGUUGUCCCUCGACUGUGCAUACGUCUGCCUCUUUCUCCUGGCUGUAUGGUCUGCCCUGGUCUGGUUUGUUCAUUGUUCCUCCGGAUGGUUUACACUGCACGUCUAGCACCCAGGCCUGCAAGCCUGUAUGAGCCUGCAGGAGGGUGGUAGGUGCUUGGCCUUUUGACUAUUUGGAACAAGCCUUAUUGGGUGUAUAGCCAUUGGAGCUCAGACUUGGGAGCUAAUAAAGCUACAUUCAGUUCUAGCUGGGGGGGGCGAGGGGGGAGAGCUUUGUGACCUCUUAUCGUUUACCUUUUUCCUUUUAAAAAAUGGCAGUGUCUAUCUGCUAACUUCCUGAGAAGUUCCUGAAUGUCCUCUGUGUCCUAUAGUUUGUAUGAGCUUCAUUCUGUUUGUAUCCUGUUCAGUGUCCCAUUACUCUUGUGUACAAACAAUAAAGCAUUGUGAAAAGCCUCCAUUUAAAAACCUCCCUUGUUUCCAUUCACUUGUGGUAUGUUUGCUUCUUUUCUUUAACUGCCUAAAGAGGAUGGAUGUGUGUCUUGUCUGCCUUCAAAUCACUCUCAUUACUUGUCAGACUUAGUUAUUUUCUAGUAACUCAUGGAAGUCUCUUGUGUUUGUAAAUGUUCUGAGUUUCCUUCUCUAUCCAUGAUCCAAUGUGACAGGGAUGUAUCAACGGAGAAAUAAUUCUCCACAUAAUUUGUGCUUUUCUUCCACUCCCCUGAUUGGUUAUCCCCAUCUGUAUAGAAACAUCUGAAAGUAAUAAAUGUGGCUCUCUGGCUGUUAAGUUACCUGUA